AGGCGGGCAAACCACCCCUCCUUUGAUCUUGGCCCAGCUGCUAGGAUUAGGAUAUCAUAUACUCAUUUUAUGCGGCCAAAAUCAACAUUUUCUUUUAAUUUUACGUUAUUUCAUCCAAAUAAAAAGCUAUUGACAACGAUAUGAUUUCGGUGGCGGGUGGCGAUAAAGAUUGUUAGAAGUUGUUGUCGGUUUGGAAGGUUGUUUGAGCAUAUGCAAAUCCCUGUAUCCGGCGGUGUUAUAUAGGACAGGUUUCAUAUUAUUGCUGGUGUAAUUAUGGGUUGUAUGUCUUCAACUUCAAAGAACUUAAAAAAAGUACCUACAUUUGAUCCUGUUGCGCUUGCUGCUGAGACCCCUUUUACCGUGAACGAGGUGGAGGCUUUGCACGAGUUAUUCGAGAAAUUAAGCAGUUCUAUGGUUGAUGAUGGGCUUAUAGGGAAGGACGAGUUCCACUUAGCAUUGUUCAGAAAUCACGAUAAACGGAACCUGUUUGCAGAUCGGAUAUUUGAUCUUUUUGAUGUGAAUAGGAGUGGGCAUAUUGACUUCAAUGAGUUUGUACGUUCGUUGAGUGUAUUUCAUCCAAAAGCUCCUCAAGCAGACAAAGUUUUGUAUGCCUUCAAACUGUAUGAUUUAAGGCGCACUGGCUACAUUGAACGUGAGGAGUUGAAGGAAAUGGUUUCGGCUCUUCUUAAUGAGUCUGAUCUUUCUCUACCAGAUGAUACAAUCGAAUCGAUGGUAGACAAGACGUUCACAGAAGCAGAUAGCAAAGGUGAUGGUAGGAUUGACCAAGAAGAGUGGAGAGAGUAUGUGGACAAAAACCCAUCAUUAUUGAAGAAUAUGACUCUUCCUCAUCUAAUGGACAUAACCUUGAGGUUUCCAAGCUUUGUGAUGAACAGCCAAGUCGAGGACUCCCACUCAACAGACUAAGGCCAUCUUCCUUGAACCGUCUCAGCAUGUAGAAACUGUAUAUAUGCGCGAAAGAGGUGCCAACUCGAAGACUUGCCACUUCAUUUUAUUACAGCAGCUUAGAUCAAAUUUGGUUUAGAGUCAUUCUUUUGGAUGCUUCCUUAGUGAAAUUAUGUGGUGGUUUGUGCUAUGGCACUUGAAUGUUAGCCACAUCAUAAUUCACUUUCUGUACCGACGAUGUUGUUUGUUGACAUCUGUUGUAGAAUGGUAAAAUGUAAAUUGUGUAUUUUAGUUGUGCCAAAAUUGCCUUUACUGA